AUGAGUUCCUACCAGCAGAAGCAGCCCUUUGUCGCACAUCCUCAGCCUCAACGGCAUCAAGUGAAGCAGCCUUGUCAGCCUCCACCACAAGGACAAUUUGUUCCCAUAACCACCACGGAGCCAUGCCGCACAGAUGUUCCACAACCAGGAAACACCAAGAUUCUGGAGCCAUGCAAUACCAAAGUGUCUGAGCCAGGCUGUACUGUCGUCCUUGAGCCAGAUUAUACCACAAUGCCUGGACAAGGCUCUACCAACAUCCCUGAGCCAGAUUAUACCACAAUGCCUGGACAAGGCUCCACCAACAUCCCUGAGCCAGAUUAUACCACAAUGCCUGGACAAGGCUCCACCAACAUCCCUGAGCCAGAUUAUACCACAAUGCCUGGACAAGGCUCCACCAACAUCCCUGAGCAAGAUUAUACCACAAUGCCUGGACCAGGCUCUACCAACAUCCCUGAGCCAGAUUAUACGACAAUGCCUGGACAAGGCUCCACCAACAUCCCUGAGCCAGAUUAUACCACAAUGCCUGGACCAGGCUCUACCAACAUCCCUGAGCCAGAUUAUACCACAAUGCUUGGACCAGGUACUACCAAAAUUCCUGAACCGGAUUAUACCACAAUGCCUGGACCAGGCUCCACCAACAUCCCUGAGCCAGAUUAUACCACAAUGCUGGGGCCAGGUACUACCAAAAUCCCUGAGCCAGAUUAUACCACAAUACCUGGACCAGGCUCCACCAACAUCCCUGAGCCAGAUUAUACCACAAUGCUUGGACCAGGUACUACCAAAAUUCCUGAACCAGAUUAUACCACAAUACCUGGACCAGGCUCCACCAACAUCCCUGAGCCAGAUUAUACCACAAUGCUUGGACCAGGUACUACCAAAACCCCUGAGCCAGAUUAUACCACAAUGCUUGGACCAGGUACUACCAAAAUCCCUGAGCCAGAUUAUACCACAAUGCCUGGACGAGGCUCCACCAACAUCCCUGAGCAAGAUUAUACCACAAUGCCUGGACCAGGCUCUACCAACAUCCCUGAGCCGGAUUAUACCACAAUGCUUGGACCAGGUACUACCAAAAUCCCUGAGCCAGAUUAUACCACAAUGCCUGGAUCAGGCUCCACCAACAUCCCUGAGCCAGAUUAUACCACAAUGCUCCACCAACAUCCCUGA